UACCACUCCAGUUUUCGUUACACACUAUCACUAGCUAAACACUUUGACGUCUAUAGUCGCCAUCAUACACCAGCAUGAGCUCCGUUGGCCGGUCUGCUACUCGUGAGCAGCGCACUGAAGCAGGAAUUCGGGUGAUCAUGGUGAGAAAGGAAAAGGUCGGCUCGACGACUCCGGAGGGCAGCCCUCCUUCCAAUAGACUAGAAUACUCCAAGGACGGCCCUACAUCAGUACCGGCGAAGCAGCCAUCCGAAGUUAGCCCAGAUCGAGGACCUCUAGGACCUUUUCCAAAAGAUAUUCACCCCCCUAAACAGCCACCCUUACCACAAAUAACCCGGGGAUCUCCGAGACCGCUACCAAAGAACAAUCAUCACCCCAAACUGCCACCCCUACCACCUAAACACCGCCACGACCAAGUAUUUCUUGGCACAGAAAGCGGAAGAAUAUUCAAACCAUUUCCUGAUGAAAAAUUCAAGAUGAAUGGGAAGCUAGUGAUUACAAAGGAGAAGAAGCGACUGGUGACGCAGGACACUUUGACUCCCUUGAAGGAACGGUACAAGGGUAACUUCUGGGACCUCACAGCGGAUGAGAAAGAGGUGUUGCGGAGGAAGCCUCUUCAUCCGAAUCCUAAUGGAUUCACGAACAGCUUCAUCGCUGCCACUUUCGCAGCGCCUGGGCCAUCCAAAGAGGAAGAGAGGCUCACCAACGGUGCUAAUGACAUGAAACGCGGCCACACAAGGCCCAAUACCCACCGGGUUUGGCCUUCGCCUAGACCUGCCUCCAAAGAGCGUUCGAUUCCGGAAGACAAGAAGCGCAAGCGGGUCCAUACAUCCAGCAGCGACAGCGAAGAUGCGGAUGCCGAAAUGAACCCAUCUCCUCUGAAGAAGCCUCGCAUCCAUACAAACAUGGCGUCUCGGCCCAUUCGUCCCCCGCAGUCCAGAAACACGGUCACAUCGAGUAAGAUGGCCAAACCAGUCACGAAGACCACGACGGAAUUAACCCAGCCUGAACCUUCCCAGAAAGCGCCUCUCAGACAUGUAGCAUCAGCCGCUUUAGCUAGCGGUUCUGCGAACGCUGUGAACACGGACGAUUCGGUGGAUAGGCAGAACUCGGACAUCGCUGAAGUAGAGAACACGCACGAACCGACCGAAUCCACCGAGGCACCCAAGGCAAAAAUCCAGAAGAAGUUCAUUUUCUCUUCCUUUGCUGGAGUCGCCUCCACGGUAUUCACCUUCUGCACGACAUUCGUCCCGAGCACCCACUUCCCGUUCGUCCAGACCCGCACAACCCGUGCGACCCGCGCCCAUCAUCUUGCCGCCGAGGCAGCCAAAUCGCGCAAGGCCAAAAAGAUUACUCGCAAUCUAUCUGCUUUGGCCGCCCUCGCCGAGGAGGCCAACGCCAGGGCCGAGGAAAAGAAGCAGCUGCAGGUACUGGACGCAGCCUUGGACAGCGUCUUACAGCAAGCUCGUCUAUACGGCGUCAGUGACGGCGAGGUAAUCGAUCGACUGCAGAAGAGGAGCGUGGUGUUGCGGAAGAGGGAGCUAGGAGUGCUGGGAACGACCAGGAAUUGGGUAGGCAAGCAGAUGCUCAAGAAGGCGGACCAGCUCGAUCGGCAGAGGGAUAAGCUGUUGUACGGAUAGGUGCGGCUGUAUCAGGUAGUGUUUACUAGCUAUCUGGCUUGACUUUGGUGAAUGGUCCUGGAGUCCUUGGAAUUGUAUAUCGUUGGGAAAAACGUUUCAACCAUAGAGCUGAUCCAAGAUGAGUUGCGUUCACUAUCUUCAAUCACUGGUACAGUACCAGGACACAAGUAUGAGCACGCCGUCUUUUCCAUCUUUUCCAAAUCAUAAUGAUAUGUUGGAGCACCACAAACAGCGGCAAGUAGGCGG